AUGGAAUCCGGGCGGUUUUUCUUCGACCCGUCUUACCAAAAAAACAUGUUGUUCAUGGGGAAUGGCGACUCACGUUUUCGAGGAGCAAGAUCGGUGAUGGACAUGGAGGAAAAGAAGCGGCCUUUCUUCAGCAUGGCUGAGGAGCUUUACGACGAAGAAUACUUCGACGAGCAGUUGCCGGAAAAGAAACGCCGUCUCACAUCUGAGCAGGUGCACUUGCUGGAGAAGAGCUUUGAGGCCGAGAACAAGCUGGAGCCCGAGCGCAAGAUCCAGCUGGCUAAGAAUCUGGGCUUGCAGCCGAGACAGGUAGCGGUUUGGUUCCAAAACCGUCGUGCCAGGUGGAAAACCAAGCAGCUCGAGAGAGACUAUGAUGAGCUUAAGGCCUCCUUUGAUUCUCUCCGUUCCAAUUACGAAUCCAUUGUAAAGGAAAACGACAAGCUCAAAGCUGAGCUUCUUUCCUUGACUGAGAAAUGCCAGCAGGCGAAAGGACCCGAUUCCCAAGAACCGGACCCUCUGCCGGUGCCGAGCCUUCAGCUGACCGUGAAGCCGGAGGAUCGCCUGAGUUCCGGCAGCGAUGGCAGUGCCGUGGUGGAUGAUGAUGGCCGGCAGCUUCUAGACAGUGGGGAUUCAUACUUUCCGGCAGGGGACUACUCGGACUGUAUGGCGGCUGUGGCUAGCGGCGGGGAGGAGGAUGGCGGCAAGGAUGGCCGGAGCUACUUUUCUGAUGUGUUUGCGGAGGCUGAGCAGCCGGAGCAGAUGGGGUGGUGCAUAUGGUCUUAA